ACUAUGUGGAUUUAGUCACAAGAAAUACUCGCUCCUGAUUGGCUGAGGAAAGAUGGCCAUGUUCUAAGAGCGGGUUAGAUGCAACAAACCUUACAUGUGGGCUCACUCCGUGUCGCGAACUGGACCGGCACGGACCUCACUAUGAGCGCGCCGGCUCCACCCGUCCUGCGCGGAGAUGCCACCCUUGUGGGGCAGAUUUUGUUAGAUGUUGUUAAAGCGGUGCGGGGAGAGGCUCCCCUCCUGGAGGAGGCUCUCCUUGCUAGAUUCGAAGCCGACGUGCCGCCCCGAAGCCUCAGCGACGACGAGCUGGCGGAGCGGCUGGAGACCCUCACGGGAGAGAACUCCGGUUUCCUCCUAGACACGACGGGAAAGGACCUCAAGGCACACGAGACGAUCGUCCGCUUGGCGCACUUCUUGAUCAUGGCCGCCAACGAUGCCGCGGCACCCAGGCUGCCGAUCCGAUCAUCCAAGGCCGGCAAAACCGCAGCCCAGGCGGUCGCAAACCUCCUGGACCCCACCGACGAACCGCCCCGAGAGACCCGACGCCACCAGUUCGUCCGGCCUCCCUCCGCCAGCCAAAAAGGCAAAGCCAGUCCCACUGGAGGAGGACUCGAGCUCAAGCUCCGGUAGCGAGAGCGAUCUCGAGGAGAUGCGAGAGCUGGACAAGGCGAAGGAGGCGUGCCUGGACCCCCUCGUUCACCGCUACCCCGCAAAACUCCACGGGCCACUGCUGCGCCUGCAGGAGACUGAAGCCAUCCGGGUCGGGGCCAAAAGGAGCGUGGUUGAGCGCUAUAAGAACUUAGCGAAUUUCGUCCUCGAAAACCCCUCGAAGACAAACAUGUGGUAGCUGGUGGCCGUAGGGGCAGUCAGAUUAGUUCACAAGGUCAUUCUACUUCUGGCGGUUUUCGGCCAGAUGUGCAGUUAAACGUAAAUAUGGGCCGUUCUAAAAAGUAACCGAACAGUUUGGACGUACGAUGUUUUAUAUAAAAAAAUGUAUUCGCAAUUAAUUCAUGGGGAUGUUGUAGUUUUGCAGAUUUUUAUCAACAGUUAGGGACUACUGGAUCAUUUAUUCUAGCAACUGGACGUAAAGAAACGCUGUAUCAAUAUUCAUACCACUAGGGAUUGACAGUUGCUUUAACCUCUACGCCAAAACGGACACAACAAAUGCUUGCUUGCACAACAUGAAAUCAUCUGCUACACGGAAUGGAUCUAGGACAAUUUCCUA